AUGAGUCGCAAAUUUGCAAUUGAGAAUGAUUUUCCACUCUAUCCUAAGAAGAUCCCUGAAUCCGUAGAAUACUUCAAUGGAACCAGAGAAUCCGUUAAGGAAAUGACUCAGUUCAAAAUGAAAAUCCAAGACCAUGAAGAGAUCGUCAAUGCCGACAUUGUCAACACCACCAAACCUUUGAACCUGGGAAAGCCAUGGCAUAAAAAGCAUAAAGUCCAUGUCGAUUGGGAAAAUAAUCAAGUACACAUGAACUGCUCACCCAAGAUCACCAUUGUAAGCGCGGAAGCCUUCAAGAGAACCAUGAAACAAGGACCUGUCUUUGCUAUCUACGGCCUGGGAAGAAAAUGGAAACAAGUCACAUUUGUCGAUGACACAAUCGAAAUCGAAGAAACCACCAAACUUCCUAAUGAAUUCCAAGAUCUUGCCGAAGCUUUCUCGAAAAAGAAAGGAGACACCCUGCCACCACGACGAAAAGAAGACAUGAAAAUCCCUAUACCACCAGAAGCUCAGCCCAUCUGGGAACCAUUAAGACCAAUGAGCGAAGAACACCUCAAAGUCCUCAAACCCUGGAUAGAAGAAAAUAUGACUAAAGGAUUCAUUCGAAGGUCCAACAGCCCAUGGGGAGCACCCAUCUUAUUCGUUCCUAAGAAAGAUGGCGGACUACGACUCUGCGUGGAUUGGAGAAAACUCAAUGCCAUCACCGUCAAAGAUCGAUGCCCCUUGCCACGAAUCGAUGAGACCCUGGAUCGGCUCAGAAAAGCCAAGCACUUCACUCGACUGGAUAUCUAUGGCGCCUACAAUCGCAUCAGAAUAGCUGAUGGAGACGAAGAAAAAACAGCCUUCCGCACCAGAUAUGGACACUUCGAGUUCCAAGUAGUACAUUUUGGAUUAACAAACGCCCCAGCUGCCUUCCAAGCCUACAUUAACGAAGCCUUACGACCCUUCCUAGACGAAUUCUGUGUAGUAUACCUCGAUGAUAUCUGCAUUUACAGCGAUUCAAGAGAAGAACACAUUCGCCAUGUGAGGAAAGUCAUCAAAGCACUACAGAAAGCAGGACUCUAUAUCAAACUCUCUAAAUGCGAAUUCUUCACCAAAGAAACCGAGUUCCUAGGAUACAUCGUUGGAAGCAAUGGAAUCAGGAUGGACCCUGCUAAGAUUCAAGACAUACUCGACUGGGAAGAACCGAAAGAAGGACCUGGAGCUGUCAAAGAAGUACAAUCUUUCCUAGGAUUUGCGAACUUUUAUCGACGAUUCAUCAAAGACUAUGCAAAAAUAGCCAAACCUCUCUACGACUUAACCAAGAAGGAUAGAAUAUUCCACUGGGGAAAAGAGGAAAAGAACGCCUUUCAGACACUCCAACGAGCAUUCUGCACCGAACCAAUACUGAAACACUGGAAUCCUGCACUGGAAACACGAAUGGAAACCGACGCUUCAAACUUUGUCUGCGCCGCAGUCCUUUCUCAAAAGCAUGAUGACGGUCUCUGGCACCCUGUAGCCUACAGGUCCAAAAAGAUGACACCGGCGGAACAUAACUAUGAUAUCCAUGACAAAGAACUCCUAUCAGUAAUUCAAGCAUUUAAAGAAUGGGAACGAUACCUGAUGAGUGUCCACACUCAAGUACACAUCCUCACAGACCACAAGAACUUGGAAUAUUUCAUGACCAAACAGCACCUUAGACAAAGACAAGUAGGAUGGAUGGAGUUCCUAUCUCGGUUCGACUUCAAAAUAACCUUCGUUCCCGGAAAAACCAACACCAAGGCCGACGCAUUAACCAGAAGGUCGAGGGACCUCCCUCAGGGAGAGGAGGAUGAGCGCAUAAAAAAUCGAAUUAGAAUAUUGCUACCGCCUGAAAAAAUCCAACAAAUUGGUAUCAUGACAACGCAAGAAACCUGGCAAGCAGCAGCCCUUGAAGAUUCCUACAUCCAAGACAUCAUAAAAACCCUCAGAAGAGGAGACAAACGGCAUCCCAAAGUUGAAAUAUCAGAGAUGAAAGAAGAACAAGGCGAACUCUACCAUAAUGACAGAAAAGUAGUACCCGACAAUGAAAAGAUCCGCGAGGAAAUCUUGCAGCAACACCAUGACCACCCUACAGCAGGACACCCAGGGAGAGCAAAGACGCUAGAACUGGUUCAAAGACAAUAUACAUGGGUAGGGCUUCGGAAGGAUGUUGAUCGUUAUGUCGACAACUGCCACAUCUGCAAACGAACCAAGGCGCCCAGGAAUGCACCCCAAGGAUUACUGCAAUCAUUACAGAUCGCAGAAAGAAACUGGCAAAGCAUCUCUUUUGACCUGAUCACCGGAUUACCGGAAUCCAAUGGACACGACGCAAUCCUUGUCACCGUGGAUAGACUCUCCAAGAUGAUACAUCUGACCCCGACAACGAAGAAACUCAACGCCAGAGAAUUAGCCGGACUAUUCCUCAGGGACAUAUGGAAAUUACACGGAUUACCCAAAGAAGCCAUUUCAGACAGAGGAAAGAACUUCCUAGACGAAUUCUGGGAUGAAGUCAAUAAUCGCUUGAGGAUCCACCACCGACCCAGCACUGCCUAUCACCCCCAGACCGACGGACAAACCGAACGAAUCAAUUCCAUAGUAGAACAAUACCUUAGAGCUUACGUCAAUUAUCAACAGGACGACUGGGUUGAAUGGCUACCCCUAGCUGAAUAUUCCUACAAUAACAAGAUAUCCGACACCACUGGAAUCUCCCCAUUCGCUGCAAACUAUGGAUGGAACCCGGACACCUUUGAAUUCCAAGGACUCAGAAAACCCUCUAGAAACCAAGAGGCCGCAGGGUUUGUACAGCAAAUGUCAGAAUUACAAGAAGUCCUGCGUAUGGAAAUCAAUCGCGCCGCACAGAUACAACAAGAACAAGCAAACAAGCGCAGACGGCCAUCACCUGACUACAAGGAAGGAGACCAUGUCUGGCUAGAUAUGCGGAACAUCAAAACGGCACGACCCUGCCCAAAACUGUCCAAUAAGAUGGAGGGUCCAUUUCAGAUCCUUAAGUCCGUAGGAAAAAGAGCAUAUAAGCUGAAGCUUCCCCCCUCAAUGAGAAUUCACCCCGUCUUUCACACCAACCUGCUGCACCCAGCACCAGAUAACGCUUUCCCUAGCCAAAACCACGAAGAACGACUCCCACCAGUCACCGUUGACAACGAAGAAGAAUACGAAGUCGAGAAAAUCCUAGAUUCGCGAAUACACUACCGAAAACUUCAGAACUACUCAACGACUUUCAUAAAUCCCAUCCUGAUCGACCCGGUCCCUCCUCCUGACAUACUCGACCCCACCUCAUUAUUCCAGUACAACCCAGAAGAAAUAAGCGAACCAAUCAGGGUUCUCCAGUACCCAGACGUCACCCAAAAUUUAUUCUCAGCAUCAGAUCUUCUUGACAUCCAGACACCAGAACCCAUCUAUAUCAGCCUGUACAACGAAAUCUGGAGGCUGCAAACCGAGCUGGCUCAAGCCCAGAAAGCCAUGGGAAAUUUCAGUUCAACCAUCGAGAACUCACCGGAGCAGGUAACCAGUGAUCAAAUCCCCAACCCAGAAGAAGAAGUCCAGCCGAAAAAUCCGCGUUCAGAAUCACCAGAAAUCCCAGAACCAGAGAUACCAGAGAUACCAGAGAAAAACCAAGAAGAAUCCUUUGAAAAACCUUUGAAAACCCCCGAGAAACCAGAAUUCCCAGGAACCAAGCGCAAGAGCAGCUAUAGAGGAUUCAUGCCACCUAAGAUCAGCAAAAGAUACCGACGCAGCAAAGGACCUACCAUGAUACUAGACCUUCGAACGGAGCAUCGACGGGAC